AUAGUGAAGUCGUCACGGAGAAACAGGGUUGGCGAAUAAGAAAGCCCAAAGUUUUUUAUAGCCCUCCUCCAAGGUGUUCGUCUAGGUCUCCGAGGGGAUGAGCGGCUCGACGAAGAGGGAGGGGAAGAGCAAAGAGAGCUCCCUCGCCGCCCCCGAAGCGGAGGUGGAGGCUCUCCUCCGCGCUGCCCAGGACGACCUCCUCCUCAAGCUCCGCGUCGACUCCCACCCCAUCUCUUCCCGCCCCUCCUCCUCCUUCGACGCCUUGGACUCCGACCUCGCCCGCCGCUUCGAGGCCCUCAAAUCGCCCCCGCCUCCUCUCUCUACGGCGGCGCCACCGCCUCAGCCGUCAAAACCGGUGGGGAAGGGAGCAACAGCGCCGGCAGAUGGUGAGUGGGGGAGGAUCCUCGGGGACGAUCUGGCGGCGAGGUUCGCCACCCUCAAGGGCUCCUCAUCGGGGCCCAAUCCAGGGAUCCAGCAACCGGAUCUGAUGACGCCGGAUGUUGCAGAUUUCGAUGACAAAGCCGGCGCCGGCGCCGGCGCCGGUGGUGGUGAUGGGGUUUCGGAGAAGGAGGUGGAGAAAGUGAUGCAGUGGGCUAUGGACGCGGCCCGCCUCGAUCCUUCCAAAGGUGAUAGAGGGGAGGAUGAUGAUGAUGAUGGGGAAAGCACCGAUGAUGAUGAGGGGGAGGAGGAGGAGGAGGAGGAGGAGGAUGUGAACCAGAAGAAGAUGAAGGAGAUGAACGAAGGGAAGCCGAAGAAGAAGUUUUUCUUCUUUUAGGUGUUAAAAAUAUGGGAUUUGAGAUGGAAGUAGCCUUGCCGUAUUCGCUCUGCGUGGACUCGGAAGAUGCUAUAUGCUUAACUAUUGUGUAGCCGUAAGCCAAGAAGGUACGUUAUCGUAUUCAGUAUUCACUAAAAAGUGGUCCUUUUUUGGUUUCAUGGCAAGCUAAUCUCUUUUUCAUGGAUGCUUGGUUCAGGAAUCUGAAAGUUGAAACUAAAGUGAGUUGUAAACUAUUUUUUUCAGAGUUUGUAAGGGAGAUGUUCCCAAUUUGCGUGGUCAUUCUAAAGUUAUUAUUUAAUGUUGCAAUGAGAAUAAUGACUAUUAUUUACCUAGUUCA